UGCGCGUACCCACUUCAACUGCAACCCCACCCGCGUCCGUACCCCACAGACGCAGAGAGAGGGACACGAGUGCCGACGUCGAACCCAAGAUGCAGCGACUCCAGAAGCGUCUCUUCUCGACGCCUACCGUGCGUCCCCUAUGGAUGCUGCGUUACACUUAUGUGGACGGGAUGCUCGACAAGCGAGGGCCGUUCCGUGGUGAUCACUUGCACCACGUCGAGACCUACUCGGCUGACACACACUACCCCAAAGUGAUCCUCGGCGGUGCGUUUGCCGAUCCUGUCGACGGCGCCGCGUUUGUUAUUGACGCUGCAGAUGCCGCUCAAGUCGAAGCGUUUGCCAAGAGCGACCCGUACGUGAUCAACAAGCUCGUGACCAAGUUCGACGUUCGCCCAUACAAUGUUGUCACGUUCACCAAAUAAGGCAGGUCAACACAUCAUCCCCA